AAAAAAAAAAGAAAACAUUAAAACGAUAUCGUAUUCAAAACGAAAAAAAAAACCUUAAAACGAUGUCGUAUUCAAAAAAAGCGCUUAGGUUUAGUUGAGAAAACGACUGGUUUAUUAUUCAAAAACAGUUGGAUCCAAGAAAUGGCCGUUUUCUGAAACGAUCUUUGGUUCUGACCAGUGACCACCUUCCUCUCCCAAAAGUCUUUACUCUCUUUCCGCCAUGGCUUCCAUUCUUGGACCUCCUUCUUCCUCCUCUUCUUCCUUAUUCCCAUUCAAACACCUCCAUAUACAGCAAUCUCAAUCACCCCUUCUUCUCUCUCACCACCUAAAACCCUAUUUCUCAACUACCUCUUCUUCCAACCCAUUUCGCUACUCUCCCUUGUUCUCUCCGUCUACCGCUAAUUCCAUUUCCCCACGGAGAUCGUUUUCCGUCAGGGCUGCCAGGGGGAAAUUCGAGCGCAAGAAGCCGCACCUCAAUAUCGGAACGAUCGGCCAUGUCGACCAUGGAAAGACCACUCUUACCGCUGCUUUAACCAUGGCUUUAGCUUCCAUGGGAAAUAGCGCUCCCAAGAAGUACGACGAAAUCGACGCCGCUCCGGAGGAGCGAGCUCGAGGGAUCACGAUCAAUACCGCUACUGUUGAGUAUGAGACUGAGAGUCGUCACUACGCUCACGUGGAUUGCCCUGGUCAUGCUGAUUACGUCAAGAAUAUGAUCACCGGCGCUGCACAAAUGGAUGGUGCGAUUCUGGUGGUCUCCGGUGCCGAUGGACCUAUGCCUCAGACGAAAGAACACGUCUUGUUGGCUAAACAAGUUGGGGUUCCUAACAUGGUUGUGUUCUUGAAUAAACAGGAUCAGGUUGAUGACGAGGAGCUUCUUGAGUUGGUGGAAUUAGAGGUUCGUGAGCUUCUUUCUGCUUAUGAGUUUCCCGGUGAUGAUGUGCCAAUCGUUUCAGGUUCGGCUUUAUUAGCUUUGGAAGCUUUAAUGGCAAACCCUAAGCUUAAUAGAGGAGAUAAUGAAUGGGUUGAUAAGAUUUACACGUUAAUGGAUGCUGUUGAUAGUUACAUUCCAAUUCCCAAAAGACAGACAGAAUUGCCAUUCCUAUUGGCUAUUGAAGACGUUUUUACGAUCACUGGUCGUGGAACUGUGGCUACCGGGCGUGUUGAGAGGGGAAAAGUCAAGGUUGGUGAUAGUGUUGAAGUAGUUGGUCUUAGAGAGACUAGAGCCACAACAGUUACUGGUGUUGAAAUGUUUCAGAAGACCCUUGAUGAGGCUAUUGCAGGUGACAAUGUGGGGAUUUUGCUUAGAGGGAUUCAAAAGAUUGAUAUUCAAAGAGGAAUGGUUAUUGCCAAGCCUGGUACCAUUACACCUCAUACCAAGUUUGAGGCCAUUGUUUAUGUGCUAAAGAAAGAAGAAGGUGGGCGGCAUUCGCCCUUUUUUGCUGGAUACAGACCCCAGUUUUACAUGAGAACUACUGAUGUUACUGGGAAAGUUACUGGUAUUAAGAAUGACAAAGAUGAAGAGUCCAAGAUGGUCAUGCCGGGUGACCGGAUUAAGAUGGUUGUGGAACUCAUAAUGCCGGUUGCUUGUGAGCAAGGUAUGAGAUUUGCUAUUAGAGAAGGUGGGAAGACUGUUGGGGCUGGUGUUAUUCAGUCAAUUAUUGAGUGAUAGGAACAAGUUUGUCAUAUUGUUUGUUUGUCUUGUCUGUUGGUUGAAUCAGCUUUUGUGCACUUAUAGUAUGGUUUAGUUGAGUCAAGUUUUCACAGAAUUAGAUGCUACAUUUUUGUUGAUAUGUUAUCUCUUUUGGAUGUUGUUACUGUAAUAGUUUUGGCCUUGUAGUAUUAGACAUGUAUUCCUUUUUCAUUUCUGUAUGUUGGUAAUGAGGAAGCUUUUUUACCAAGUUGUAGGCUUUUUCUUUUUGCAUGAACUUCAGCUACAAAUAUAAGUUCUUGUCUUACGA